AUGAGAAACUGUGCUAAUUGCCACAAAGAUUUAAGUCUAACUAAACUAACUAAUUACGAAGCCAAAAAAGACUUGUUAAUUUGUGUUCAGUGCUAUUUUAAGCAAAAAGAAAAAUAUUCGGGCUAUUCAGUUAAUCAUUUUCCUUUACUAAAAAGAAAUGGAGAAGUAGAUGGAAGUAGCGAAGCAAUUGUAGUGUGUAAUGACAACAACUUCUUAAAUUCUAAUUCGCCUGACUUAUCUCCUGCUUACUUUGGUUUCUUGCCUAUGGAACCCUAUGGAAACAUGAUAAUGGCUAUGGGGCAAAUUUUUGAUGAUGGUCGAAGAAGAUGGAAUGGAUACUGGAUUUAUUUUUACCCCCAUGAGUUUGCUCCGCCCGAAAGCAAGCCCCUUAGUUUGCUUCACAUUCAUUUUGUCGGACAAGUAGGAGAAGCACGAGUAUAUUUACCCGGUUGUCAAAUAGAAAUAAAGUUAAGAGAAAUUGAGCAAGAAAGGCUAAAACCUACCUUUUCCGCCGAAAAACAAGAAGCAAAAAUAAUUAAUUGUCGAGUAAGCAGAGGAAAAUUAAUAACUCAACUAAAUGACGGAAGAGAAAUAAGCAUUCUAGUCGAUUUACUCACUAAAAAAAGAAUACUGGGCGAAAAUGUAAAACCCGACCAAUUAAAAAACCCUGAAUUAAAAAGUGAGG